AUAGUUCUAGAGAAAGUUACUUGUCUGUGGGGACAGAAUGGAGAGCACCUUGCUCUGUUUGCUACUAGUGCUGAGUACACACAUCUACUCUGGACACUCUGAAGAUGAUGAUGGACAGGCAAAGGCUGAUCUGACCAUACACCCCAAAUCCUCACAGAUAUUCAGUGGAGAGUCUGUUACUCUCAGAUGUAACAUAAAGAGAGGAGAAGUCACUGACUGGGAAUACACAUGGCACAAGGAUAGUGUAGACUUACUCAGUAAGAAGCAUGAAUAUGAGAUCAGUGAGGUUAAGAUGUCAGACAGUGGUGACUACUGGUGUCUCGGUACACAUAUUGAUCAGAAGAAGGAUUCUAAGUGGAGUAAUCGAGUCAGACUGACGGUGACAGCUCUGCCUACAGCCUCAGUUAAGAUAGUCACUACCCAGGAACCACUGUACUCCGGAGACACAGUCAAGCUGCAGUGUGACAUAUCAGACUACACAGACUGGACGUACCACUGGUUAAUAAAUAAAGAACGGCUUUCCAGUCACACCAGUAAAACCACCACCAUCUUUCUCUCUGACCAGGCUGGUCAGUACCAGUGUGAGGGGAGAAGGACAAGACGGCCCCAGAAGUCAUAUCUCAGCUCAUCUCUCCACAUCAGCGUCACUGCUCUGCCUGAAACUACACUGACCGUAAAUCCAAACCCUGCAUACACUGGAGAGACAGUAACUCUGACAUGUUCAGUGGGGUCUGACAGUGACUGGAGCUAUACAUGGUACAAAGACAAAACUAAGAAAGUAGUGACCUUGUCUGGCAGACACACUACAACAGGAGCCACCUUCACCAUCAGUAGAGCUGCUGAGUCUGACCAGGGUCUCUACUGGUGUCAGGGAGAGAUCCAGUCCAGAUCCAUAUCAUCAAUCAUCAGUGAUCCUGUCACUAUCACUGUGAAAGUUCUGCCUACUGCCUCAGUGAAAGCCUCUCCACAGGGUCCCGUCUAUUCUGGAGAGACAGUCACUCUGCAGUGUGACAUAUCAGACUACAGAGACUGGACGUACCGCUGGCACAAAGACAACCAACUGCUUCCCAGUCCGCCCAGUGAAACCAUCACCUUCUCUCUCUCUGACCAAGCUGGUCAGUACCAGUGUGAGGGGACAAGGACAAGACGGCCCCAGAAGACGUAUCUCAGCCCAUCUGUCACCAUCAAUGUUGCUGACCUGCAUCCUUCAGUGUCUCUCAGAAUAAGACCCAACAGAACUCAACACUUUACAUCAAAGUCUCUCUCACUGAGCUGUGAGGAGAAGGGGAACUCUACAUGAUGGAGACUGAAGAGAUACAGAGAGAGAGGAGUGGAGUCAGGGUGUGGCUCUAACUGGGGAUCAAUUGCAGGGUCCACAUGUACCAUCAGGUCCACACUUGAAAAGGACAGUGGAGUGUACUGGUGUGAGUCUGCAUCAGGAGAGUACAGUAAUGCUGUCAACAUCACAGUGGAUGCUGGUGCUGUGAUCCUGGAAAACCCUGCCUAUCCCAUGACUGAGGGAGACUCUGUGACUCUGCGCUGUACAAAUAGAAAUCAGGAAACAAACCCAAACCCCAAGGUUGAUUUCUACAAAGAUGGAGAACUCAUCAGGAAUGAGACCACAGGAGAGAUGACCAUCCCUGCACUAUCCAAGUCAGAUGAAGGCUUCUAUAAGUGUAAAUCUACUGAAGGAGAAUCACCAGAGAGCUGGGUGACAGUGAGAGGCAUAACUCCUGGACCCUCUACAUCAGUCCUAGUAGUAGUGGUUGUGGGCCUGGUUGUUGCUGGUGUUCUGCUGGCCAUUCUCCUGGUACUGCUGUGUCGAUAUAAAAACGCCAAAGGUUCCUGUUGUAACAGGAUAUUCUCGCCCCCCCAGCCACACAGCACCAACCUGGACCCCCAACAGGACCAAGGAUCUACCCAGAGCCAGG